UCGAUAAAGUGCACGCGGUAGUAGAGUGGAGUAGCGUAAAUUAAUUUAUUUUUAUACACUUACAACAGCCUUGUUAGAAAGGUGAACAUUUAUGUUAUAUCAAAAUUGAACGUUCGUGCAUUGAGUGUUUGGGACGACGCCAUGACUAACAGCUUUGAGAUCGUGUUGGAGGGUUUACUGCUCAAGGUCGCGCGGCAUAAUGUUGAACGCGCUGGCUUUUCUUAUUUCACUGUUCGCCGCCAAAUAACUGAAGAGAAUGGUGUGGAACGCAGCGGGUCGGAUGAAAAGCUGACGGGGGCGGGCGAGGAAGUGGACAUAGGCUACCUCAAGUCACUAGAUCCCAAGGAGUGGAAGGAUCAGGAUCAUUACAGCGUGCUUGGUUUGGGCAAAUUAAGAUUUGAAGCCAGUGACGAUGAUAUACGACGAGCCUACAGGCGCAUGGUGCUGCAGCAUCAUCCAGACAAGAGAAAAGCGAAGGGAGAGGAGGUAGUUCAAGACGACGACUACUUCACAUGCAUUACAAAGGCGUACGAAAUAUUGGGUACAUCGAAGACGCGACGUUCCUACGAUAGCGUAGAUCCGAAAUUUGAUGAUGCCUUCCCCACACAAGCGGACAUUGAUUCCAAUUACUUUGAAGUCUUUAAUAAAUAUUUUAAUUUGAAUGCGCGCUGGAGUGAAAAGCCGCAUGUGCCGCCAUUCGGCGAUGUGGACGCCAAGCGUGAGGAGGUUGAACGUUUCUAUAACUUUUGGUACGAGUUUAAAUCUUGGCGCGAGUUUAGUUACCUGGACGAGGAGGAUAAGGAGAAGGGUCAGGAUCGGGAUGAGCGACGCUGGAUUGAGAAAGAGAACAAAGCAGCGCGCAUUAAACGAAAAAAAGAGGAAAUGGCGCGCAUUCGUACGCUCGUCGACUUGGCCUACAACAAUGAUAAGCGCAUACUAAAGUUCAAGCAGGAGGAGAAGGAUCGUAAGGCGGCGGCCAAACGUGCAAAAAUGGAUGCGGCUCAGGCGCAAAAAGCAGAACAAGAGCGUGCCGUACGUGAAGCGGCGCUAGCCAAGGAGCGUGCCGAGAAGGCCGAACAGAAGCGCAUUGAGCAGAUUCGCAUCGAAAGGGAGCAGCAGAAGAAAGUGCUAAAGAAGGAGCGGAAGACGCUGCGCGACAAGGUAAAAGAUUGCAAAUAUUAUGCCAAAAACGACAAGGAUCAGCUAAAGCACAUGGAGGGCACAGAAAAGAUCUGCGAGACAUUCAGCUUGGGCGAACUGCAAGAGUUAAAUAAAGCGAUGGAGUCAAAGGGUCGGGAAGCGUUCAUGGCUGCGCUUCAAAGGGCUGAGCAGAAAAUUGCCGCCGAACUGGAGGAGCUGAAUCAAGCACAGCAAAAGAAGCUCGCAACGGCCCCCAAGUCAGAUGUAAAGGAGGUGAAGAAGAGCGAGCUGUGGAGCAACGAAAACGUCCAGCUGUUGAUCAAAGCAGUCAAUCUAUUUCCAGCUGGCACUGUCCAACGGUGGGAUGUCAUAGCGACGUUCAUUAAUCAGCACUGCAGCAGCGCCAGUCCUGGUCUGGUCACAGCUCGUGACGUACUCAACAAGGCCAAGGCUCUGCAGAACAGCGACCACUCAAAGAGCACUAUGAAAGCGCAUGCCAAUGAGGCUGCCUUCGAGAGUUUCGAGAAGUCCAAGAAAGAAGUCCAAACAACGAAUGAUAUUACAAUUGGCGAGACCCCGUCCGACAGCAAAGAGAAUAUUAAGCAGAAUGGUGGCGAUCAUGUCGACAAUCAGGCGCCGACAGCAGUGGCUACGCAGGCCAAGCAAAAUGGUAUUGUGUCAAAUGGCGUGACACCAGCACCGACGGCCGCCUCGAAGACAACCUGGACAAAGGAGGAGCAGGCGUUGCUUGAGCAGGCUAUUAAGACGUAUCCGACCACAACACCCGAUCGCUGGGAUUGUAUUGCCGCCUGCAUACCGAACCGCACCAAAAAGGACUGUCUGCGUCGAGUCAAGGAACUUGUCGAAUUGGUUAACUCAAAGAAGGAGGCGCAAUCGGCUGUUAAAUGAGUCACAGAUAAAGGAGGAGGUAACUACCCUCAGCCUCUGCCUCUGCCCCCCGCUAAACACCCAGAAUAUCAAGUGCUUAAACUAAUUACCUAUCUCCUCCAAUGUAGCUGCUGUGUCCAAUUCACGUUUUAUUUAAAUAAACAUAAACAGUUUUUGAACGUUUAGCGAAAAGUUA